AUGGCAUCGAACAGCCUUUUCAGCACAGUGACACCAUGUCAACAAAACUUCUUCUGGGAUCCCAGCGCCAGCCGGAGGUUCAGCCCGCCGUCCAGCAGCCUCCAGCCGGUCCCCGGGAAGAUGAACGAUGGCAGCUCCCCGGGCGGGCAGCAGGACGCGGCGGCGGUGCCCAGGCUGCGGCCCCACGAGAACCGCAGCAUGGCCGAGAUCAUCGCCGACCACCCGGCCGAGCUGGUGCGCACCGACAGCCCCAACUUUCUGUGCUCGGUGCUGCCCUCCCACUGGCGGUGCAACAAGACGCUGCCUGUCGCCUUCAAGGUGGUCGCCCUGGGAGACGUAACUGAUGGGACUGUUGUCACGGUAAUGGCAGGAAACGAUGAGAACUACUCCGCCGAGCUGCGGAAUGCCUCAGGUGUGAUGAAGAACCAAGUAGCGCGUUUCAACGACCUCCGCUUCGUGGGCCGCAGUGGCAGAGGCAAGAGCUUCAUGCUGACAAUCACAGUAUUCAGUAACCCACCACAAGUGGCCACUUACCACCGAGCCAUAAAGGUCACCGUGGACGGACCGCGUGAGCCCAGGAGGCAUCGUCAAAAACUCGAGGACCCCCCAAAGGCGGGUCUCUUCUCCGACCGCCUCAGUGAGCUGGAGAGGAUGAGGGUGAGGGUCAGCGUGCCCACUCAGGGCCCUCGGCCAAAUCUCAACACAGGGCCCAACUCCUUCAACCCACAGGGUCAGACGCAGAUAACAGACCCUCGUCAGUCCCAGUCCUCUCCUCCCUGGUCCUAUGAGCAGACGUACCCGUCCUACCUGAGUCCCAUGGCGUCCCCCUCGGUCCACUCCACCGCCCCCCUCUCCUCCAGCCGCGGCACAGGCCUGCCUGCCAUCAGCGACGUGUCCCGACGGUUGCCAGAAAGUGAUUCAUGUUGUGUGUGUUUGUGUGUUUGUGUGUCUUUAGGUUCCUCCGACCUGAGCCCGUUCCCUGGUCAGUUUGAGCGUCAGUUCCCGGGCCUGUCCUCCCUCACAGAGACCCGCUUCCCCAGCCCUCGGAUGCACUACCCGGGUACCUUCACCUACACCCCGCCGGUCACCUCCGCCAUGUCGCUGGGCAGCACCCACUACCACACCUACCUUCCCCCUCCAUACCCGGGCUCCACCCAGACCCAGAGUGGACCCUUCCAGACCAGCAGCACGCCAUAUCUCUACUACGGGGCCUCGUCCGGCUCCUACCAGUUCUCCAUGGUCCCUGGCGGCGAUCGCUCACCCUCCCGCAUGAUCCCGCCUUGCACUAGCGCCUCCACGGGCACCUCCCUGGUGAACCCCAACCUGCCCAGCCAGACGGAGGGAGGCGUGGACGGCGACGGGAGCCACAGCAACUCCCCGACGGUCCUGAACCCCGGAGGCCGCAUGGAUGAAGCCGUCUGGAGGCCAUAUUGA